AUGGAUAUGGUUAUUGAUAUGGUUAUUGAUAUGGUUAUUGAUAUGGUUAUUGAUAUGGUUAUUGAUAUGGUUAUUGAUAUGGGUACAAUGACUUUGCGCGGUGUGUGUAACAUCCUAUCCUUUAAUUUAUUAGCGUUAGUUUUUCGAG